CGUUUAAUUGACGCAGAUCAUAAAUAAUCAUGGCGGAUGUGGCACUUCCUGGAUUGGACCAACGCAAGCUUCGCGAACGUUUAUCGCAAUGGGACUCACAGUCAGAUCCAAAAGCGCCCUUGACAACCUUCCAGAAAGACAUUUUUAUUGAACUUACUAACUUUGCAAACGAAAGACCAUUCCCAAAUGAGCUGCCAGCAGAUGAAAGCUCCCAACUUCUCAAGGCCCCGUCAGAUGCCCAGGACUCUACUGGCUCCCACAGUCUGAUACUGAGGUACAUGCAGCAGGUGGACACAGAGGGGUCCUCACGCAUUGAGAAUGCCCAGCAGUUCUUUUCCUGGUUCUCUGAAGUUGAAAGUGAAAUUGAAAAAGAGGAGGACUUGCCAUACAGAUCUCACAUGGAAGAGCUGGCCAGUCAUCGGGCCCAGUGUGACUGGGUACUGGACGAAGUGUCCGCGGGCCUCGAUCACCUGAUGGAGCUACAGAGGCAGUAUGUCCAUGUGUCCACGAAGACCAACGCACUGCACGAGGCUUGUGAACAUCUGCUGGAAGAACAGACCCGACUAAUGAACCAGGCAGAAAACAUCAGCAACAAGCUGUCAUACUUUAAUGAGCUGGAGACCAUCUCAAGUAAACUAGGAUCACCGACUCUGACGGUCACCAAUGAGUCGUUUGUUCCCAUGCUUUCAAGACUGGAUGAAUGCAUUCUCUACAUAAAAAAUAAUCCCCAGUACAAGGAGUCUCCAGUGUACCUGGCGCGGUUAAAGCAGUGUCUAUCCCGGGCACUGAAUCUCAUGAAGUCUCAUGUGACUCACAUCCUCAUCACCUCCACCCAACAUGUCCGCUCGUCAAAGGACUCACAGAACGCUGCAGACAAUGCAUUCACACUGUUCUAUGGCAAGUUCAGAGCCAAUGCCCCACGUGUACGCUCAUUGAUGGAACAGCUUGAAAUGAGAACUGACAAGUCACCAGAGUACGAGCAGAUCCUGUCAGACUGCCAUCAGUGCUACUUCUCCCAGAGGGAACAGCUGCUGUCUCCCAGCAUCACGUCCACGAUUGGAGAUCUGGCGGCCAAACAUGUGAGAGAUCACUGCUCAUUGAUGCGAAGUGGUUGUGCAUUCAUGGUCCAUGUUUGUGAAGAUGAAUAUCAGCUCUACCUGAACUUCUUCUCCAAGCCAACCACCCAGCUUGAUGAGAUGCUGGAGAGACUUUGCAGCUGUUUGUACGACGUGUUCCGGCCCCUGAUCAUCCACAUAAACCACCUGGAGACCCUGUCAGAGUUGUGUAGCAUCCUCACCAUAGAGAUGAUAGCAGAACAUGUGCAGAACAACCCUCAAGAGUUGCGGGCCUUUGAGCACGUGAUCCGUCAGCUGUUGAUGGACGUGCAAGAGCGCCUCGUGUAUCGCACGUACAUCUACAUCCGCAGUGACAUACUGCAGUACGCGGCGGCUCAGGGAGACCUUGCAUAUCCAGAGAAACUCGAGAUGAUGGAGAGCAUAGCAGAGAGCAUUAAGAAGUCCCAGAGUAGGGGAGGCCACUCUCGGACCCCAUCCAACGCGUCAAGUACCAGCGCAGAGGUCGCGCGCCUUACAGGGGCCGAGGGGGAGGGGGAGACAACCCCGCUGGAUGUCGUGCCCCUUCAGGAGGACCCUAGCAAUGGGUGGCAGGACGUGACUGCAGGGGCAGGCACUAACCUGACAACCUCUAUGCCGAUGUCUCCAGCAGACCUGCAUGGGAUGUGGUACCCGACUGUGAGACGUACCCUGGUGACGCUAUCCAAGCUCUACAGAUGUAUUGACAAGACGACAUUCCAGGGCCUGUCCCAGGAAGCCCUACAGAUGUGCAUACAGUCCCUGCUGAACGCCAAGGAGGGGAUCACCAAACGCAAGACUCAGCUGGAUGGUCAGCUGUUCAUGAUCAAGCAUCUACUGAUUCUGAGGGAGCAGAUUGCGCCAUUCCAGGCCGACUUCUCAAUCCGUGAAACAAGUCUGGAUUUCAGCAAGUUCAAAGAACUAAAGUUUCACAAUUUAGUUGAUGCUGCCUACGGUCUUGUGAACAGACGGUCACAGAUUUUCUCGUUCAGUUCCAAUAACGCCCUUCUUCAGUUUAUAGUAGAGGGCACGCCGCAAGUGCAGGAGAACUUUGUCGACUCGAAACGAGAUGUGGACAGUCAACUGAAGAAGACAUGUGAAGAGUUCAUACACCACGUGUCCGACGCCAUGACAGAACCUCUGAAAACCUUUCUCUCUCGGGCAUCCAUAAUUAUCAACAUGGGUGAAGAUGAAAACAUCAAGGGGGUGACACUACGCACUCAGCCAUUCGCUGUCCCGGAGAAGUUACACGAUGUUGUUGCGGAAACGUACAAACUUAUCAAGAAGAUGGUUCCCACAAUCCACCGGGCCAUGUCACUGUAUCUGGCAAACAGGGAAACGGAACUUAUUCUCUUCAAACCUAUAAAGGUGAACAUUCAGCAGAGGUUCCAGAGGCUGACCGAGAUACUGGCGUCCCAUUACACUGAGGAGGACCAGCAGAUAGUAGCCUGCCCUCGGACUGAACAGAUAAAUCUGCUUCUGAUGGCGACAAAAGCUUAAAUGCGUCAGAGGCUUAAAAACGAAGACUUCAAGAUUCAUGUGAAAUACUAAAUAUGGAAUAUGUAUUUAUUGUGGGCAUAUAAAUAUCCAAAUUUAUCAAUUGUAUCUACAGAUAAUGUUUCCAUAAGUAUGAAGGAAUUUAAUUUAUGUAUUUGUGUACAUAAUCUUUCCAUAAGUAUGCAGGAAUUUAAUUUAUGUAUUUAUGUACAUUGGUUUUGUCUUACAUGUAGGACUUUUGUAAAUAAAUGUUGAGAUGCUAUAUAUAUAUUGUGAAGAACAAUUUUGUUGUUCACGUAGAUGUAAUUUAAUGCUAGGGGAAUGAGACGGUCUACCCUAGACUUGAUUUGAAUAAAUAUCUUUUAAUGAA